GUGCGCCCACGCAGAGGCUAUCAAUGGCACAUGAAAAGUAAAGAAAACAGUGCUCUAACACCAACACAGCAAAAGGUGCACUCAUGUAGGGGCUAUCAAUGGCACAUGAAAAGUAAAGAAAACAGUGCUCUAACACCAACACAGCAAAAGGUGCACCCAUGUAGGGGCUACCAAUGGCACAUGAAAAGUAAAGAAAACAGUGCUCUAACACCAACACAGCAAAAGGUGCGCCCACGCAGGGGCUAUCAAUGGCACAUAAAUUACAAAAACAGUGAUACAACACUGACAGUAGCUCAUACCAAAGGCAGAUAUCCA